AUGGCAACAACAUCGUCUGCUCCAAUAUUGUAUUCUGUUUUGACAUCAUCUCAUGAUAAUAAUGAAGAUUUUGUCAAUCAAUUACGAAAUCAUCUUCAUCAAAUUGAAACAAAUGUUCAACAAACUUUAAACAAAAUUCAACAACGUAAACCAUAUACAUCACUUCAAACAAUUACAAAUAAAGUUGUUGAUUCAACAAUAAGAAAUAAUUUUUUUGAUGUACUCAAAGAUGUGGCAAUAAAAAAUAAUACACCAUUCGAUGAACCUUUCUUUCGUCAACAAAUUUUAGACAAACAAAUUUCAUCUCCAUCAUUAAAAGUUGAUGUUGUUCGAGCUAAAUCAUCAAUUACAAACGAUACUAAUGAUCAACAUUUAUCACCUGUUAAUAAUACUCGUCGAUCACAAUUUGCUCCUGUUCUUAGUAGUACACCAGUACAUCAAACAAGUCCAAUUACACCAAUUCCAAUUGAUCUUACUAUGGCUACUCCGUCAGUUCCACCAGUAUUAAUAUUAAAUUCAACUGAUAUUCAAACAGUUCUUCCAUCAGCUAUUGCUCCACAACGAGCUAAAAUUGGACGUACAGCUGGUCGUCCUCCACGUAUUCCACGUGGUGAAUCAGUAACACGUCAAAAAAAAAUUUCAUCAUCGAUAAUCAACGAACAACAAGAAGAAAUAAUUGUUGCUAAAGAAAUUUAUGUUUCAUCAAAACAUCAAAUAAAAUCUAAACAAGAAAUUAUUGAAGAUAAUAUUGAAAUUAUAAUUAAACAACAAAAUGAAAUUUUACCUGAUAUUAAUAAACAAGUUGAAACAACUCCAUUACGUGGAAAAAGAAAAAAAAUUAUUCAAGAUAAUCUUAAUAUUAUUCCACAAUCAUCAUCAUCAGUUGAACAAGAAAAUCAAAUAAUUACAAAAAAAACACGAAAUGGACGAAAUAAAAAGAAAGAUGAAGAAGUUAAAAUAACACGAACAGCUUCAUUACGUAAUCGAAAUAAAAAAGAAGAAGUAAUUAUCAUUCCAGAAGAAGAUAUUCCAGUACCUUCGAAAAGAACAACUAGAAAUAAAAAACUCAUCGAACCAAUUAUCAAUGCUGAAGAAAAUCUACCACUAACUAAAAUUCGUGCAACUCCAUCACGUAGUAAAAAGAAACCAUCAUUAGAAAUAGUUGAACCUAUUAUUGUAAUAUCACCAAAAAAACCAAUAACGAAAUCAAAAAAAAGAAAAGUCAAUGAUGAUACAAAUGAUAAUCAAAUUGAUACUGUACAACCUUCAUCUCCAAAACGUCGUUUUGGUCGUAAUACACGAUCUAAAAAUUCAUCACGUAUUGAAACAAUAAUAACACCACCUUUAAUUGAACAAGAACCACCACAACAACAACAACCAAUAUCUACUCGUAGCAGUCGUCGUGGUAAAAAAGAUAUCGUUAUGGCAAUAGAAAAACAAGAAGAUAUUGUUUUGAAUAAAAAAUCUCGUGCUGGUCGUCCAAAAAAACCUAAUGAACCGAUCAAUACUGAUAAUCGUGUCACUGCUGUAGAUGUCGUGAUGACGUCAGUUACUGUAUCGGCAUCAAUUCCAUCAUCAUCAUCUAUGAAUUCAUUAGUUUCUAAGCCACCUCGUCCACCAAUUGCACGAAAGAAAAAAAGUCUUGCAAUGCCACCAUUACCUCAAACAUCUCCAUUAACACCACCACAAAUAACAACACAACGUAUUCAAUCAACAUCACCUAUUAAUGAUAAACCAUUAUUACCAUUACCUACUCCAACAAAUAAUAGUCGACGUCGUCAACCACAACGUCGAAUAAUUAAUUCACCGAUUCGAACAGAAAAAUCAACUUUAGAAACAUUACCAUCAAAUAAUCAUAAUCAAAAACGUACACGAUCAUCAGUGACAACGACACCAAAACGAAUUCGUCGUGAUGAUCUUAUGAUAAUAAGUGUACCUAGUACACCAGGUAAAAAACGAAAUAAAUGUACAUGUCAAAAACGGCGGAAUAAAAUAUGUGACAUUUGUGCUGCAGCAAUUGAUAAUUAA